AUGUCUCCCCCGCGCGCGCGAUACGCCGUCGUCCUCGCGGUCGCGUGCCUCGUCCUCGCCGUCGCGCCGUCCGCCGCCGCGUCCGACGCUCCUCCGCGCGACGCCUCCGCGCCCGCGCGCUCGCCGUUCUCGACGCGCGACGAGACGCCGACGCCGACGCCGCGGCCGCGGGACCCGCGGUAUCCGCUGACGGGCUUGACCGGGAGCGACCGCGCGACGAACGUGAACGACGCGGGGUGCGUCGGGAACGCGAACGACUGCGACGACGACGACGGCGCAGUCGCGCGCGGAAGGAGCGACCUUCGAGGCGAUAACGCGGAGGAGGAGGCGAGAGGCGAGGGACGCGGACGAGACGACGACGCGCGGAGGAUCCGCGAGCGCGCGGCGACGUACGCGACCGUGAUCGUCGGCGCGCCGCUGACCGCCGCGCUCGCGGUCAGGCUCGCGUUCUCGUGCGGACGGAGGCGUCGCGAGAGGAGGGAGAAGACGGAGGACGCGGCGCGGACGCGAGCGAAGGGAGACGCCGCCGACGAGGAGUCUGGGGCGUCGUCGCCGAUGAGCGCUGACGUGAAAAGACCCGACCGCGCCGUUUGA